AAAACAAAAAAGAAAAGAAAAGAAAGUAUACAGUGCGGCACUAUCUGGCUGAGUGCCGCCGGUGGAACCCAUUGGAAGAAGAUUCUCAUUCCCUUCAUAUAUUUGAAAAAUUACCAACCAAAUCAGUUCAAGUUAUAUAAACUUUUUUAUUUUUUCUUUUAAAAUGGAAUUUUCUAAUGUGAUCCUGUAUCGUAUGAAUUGAACUAGUUUGAUACGUAGCUUGAAAAGGACAGCUUUUAGAUUGCAAAGCAAUAAGGCAUCUAAAUGAAGUAAGUCCAUAAUGCUUUGCAGAAAAUCUUGCAUCAAUGAAGAUGUGGGAUCUGUACCAGUGUACCUCAAUGUCUACGACCUGACACCCAUUAAUGGAUAUGCCUACUGGCUUGGCCUUGGAGUUUACCAUUCUGGAGUACAAGUUCAUGGAGUUGAGUAUGCUUUUGGAGCUCAUGAAUAUCCAACAACUGGGAUAUUUGAAGCCGAACCAAAACAGUGUGAAGGGUUUACAUUUAGAAAGACAAUUCUGAUUGGGAAAACGGAUAUGGGACCUGCAGAGGUAAGAACUGUCAUGGAAGAGCUUGCAGAGGUAUACAGAGGAAAUGCAUAUAAUUUGAUCACCAAAAACUGCAACCAUUUCUGCGAUGAUGCAUGUAUUAAAUUGACAGGAAAUCCAAUUCCAAGUUGGGUUAAUCGGCUUGCCAGAAUUGGAUUUAUGUGUAAUUGUGUUCUUCCUGUGACUUUAAAUUCUACAAAAAUUGGGCAUCACAGAAUUGUUGAUAAGCCUUGUGAAGGAGGAGAGAAGAACAAUGUAACAAGCCAAUCAAACGGAUUGACUUGUUCAAAUUCUUCAUCUUCCUCAUCAUCUUCUCCUUCUGGGACUACAACCCGCAGAGGAAGAAGCAGAACCAGACGUGCACUUCCUCCAUCUUCUCCUUUGAUUCUUGGUUCUUCAUCAUCUUAAUGGUUGAGAAUUGCUCAAAAACAAACAUAAGCAAAAUCAAUUUCUUCAUCUUUUUAUAAAUUUUCUUUCAUUUUUUUUUUUCUUUUUAGUUCUCUUUGGUCUUAUAAUGCUAAAAGAUCAAUCUUUGAGAGAAAAAAAAAAAAUAAAAAAAUGCAGCACAUAUCUGUACAUGUUUCUAUUUUUUUUUUUUUUUUGGCAAGUGACUGAUAUGUCUCUGCAUAAAGGUAUCCAAUUUGGUCUCAUCUCUUUUGUUUUAUUGUA